AUGGUUAGGCCCAUUUAUCGACCAAAGUGGCUAAUUAAGCAUGCUGCAUGCACAUUUGAUAUACAUAAGGAUCUGAUUGGUAAAGGAAAUUUUUGCCAAGUCUAUAGAGGGAUGUAUGAAAGAGAAGCAAAUGACAUAGUACAAGUAGCUAUUAAGAUUUGUCAUGGCGCUUCCGUUGAAACAGUGACCGAAGAGUCCAAACAGGCGCGAGAGUCGAUGAUACACGAAGCACAUCUUAUGAGUUUCUAUGUCCACAAGAAUGUCAUACAGGUAUGGCCUUGCACCCCAAAAUAGAA